UCGGCUCUAUAAAGUUCCUCUUUCUCACCUCACUUUCCUAGUUUCACCACUUGAACAAGGGACCCUUUGCUGUCCUCAGCUCAGAGUGCGGGUGAGCGCACGAGCCCGGGAGGAGGUCGGCACGCGUCAUGAACUUGGAGACCAGCAGCCGGGGCUCAGAGUUCAGCAUGAGCGCAGUGAGCUGCGGCAACGGGAAACUCCGACAGUGGUUGAUCGACCAGAUCGACAGCGGCAAGUACCCCGGGCUGGUGUGGGAGAACGAGGAGAAGAGCGUCUUCCGCAUCCCGUGGAAACACGCGGGCAAGCAGGACUACAAUCGUGAAGAGGACGCCGCCCUCUUCAAGGCUUGGGCACUGUUCAAAGGCAAGUUCCGAGAAGGGAUAGACAAGCCAGAUCCCCCUACCUGGAAGACGAGAUUACGAUGUGCUCUGAACAAGAGCAACGACUUUGAGGAGCUGGUAGAGAGGAGCCAGCUGGAUAUCUCGGACCCGUACAAGGUGUACAGGAUUGUUCCAGAGGGAGCCAAGAAAGGAGCAAAGCAGCUCACUUUGGAAGACACACAGAUGGCCAUGGGCCACCCCUACCCCAUGACAGCGCCUUAUGGCUCUCUGCCAGCCCAGCAGGUUCAUAACUACAUGAUGCCACCCCAUGACAGGAGCUGGAGGGAUUAUGCCCCUGACCAGUCACACCCAGAAAUCCCAUAUCAAUGUCCUGUGACGUUUGGCCCACGAGGCCAUCACUGGCAAGGCCCAUCCUGUGAAAAUGGUUGCCAGGUGACAGGAACCUUUUAUGCUUGUGCCCCACCUGAGUCCCAGGCUCCUGGAAUUCCCAUUGAGCCAAGCAUAAGGUCUGCUGAAGCCUUGGCGCUCUCAGACUGCCGGUUGCAUAUCUGCCUGUAUUACCGGGACAUCCUCGUGAAGGAGCUGACAACGUCCAGCCCCGAAGGCUGCCGGAUCUCCCACGGACAUACCUAUGAUGUUAGCAACCUGGACCAGGUCCUGUUCCCCUACCCGGAUGACAAUGGGCAGAGGAAGAACAUUGAGAAGUUGCUGAGCCACCUGGAGAGGGGACUGGUCCUCUGGAUGGCCCCAGAUGGGCUUUAUGCCAAAAGACUCUGCCAGAGCAGGAUCUACUGGGAUGGGCCCCUGGCGUUGUGCAGUGAUCGGCCCAACAAACUAGAAAGAGACCAGACUUGCAAGCUCUUUGACACACAGCAGUUUCUAUCAGAGCUGCAAGUGUUUGCUCACCACGGCCGGCCAGCCCCGAGAUUCCAGGUGACUCUGUGCUUUGGUGAGGAGUUUCCAGACCCUCAGAGACAGAGGAAGCUCAUCACAGCUCAUGUGGAACCUCUGCUAGCCAGACAACUGUAUUACUUUGCUCAACAAAACAGUGGACAUUUCCUGAGGGGCUACGAGCUACCUGAACACAUCAGCGCUCCAGAUUACCACCGUCCCCUCCGUCAUUCUUCCAUCCAAGAAUGAGAGGGAAGCCAGCAGCAGGAAUGAUUUUGUUUUGUUGUAAAUACUCUGACAGGGCAGCCCGGUGCUGCCCUUUCUCUUUGGAAGAGCUAAGAAGCAACAAGAGGGAUUUGUGAGGAGAAACAGCGGUAUCUGCUCAACAGAGGAGCUUGCCCCAGAAGAGUGCUUGUCAUCCAGGUCUUGACAAGCGCCAGUACUUGGGUGACUGUGCCCUGGCUUAUAACUGUGAAACUUGAUCAGUGUCAUGUUUACAUGUACUUAAAUGCUGGCUUCAGCCUGGGGUAGAUGGACUUUUGCAUGAAAACUGAAAGCCGGUGCCAAUAAGAAUCCCUGGCAAGAGAAGACAUAUGUAUUAUUGGUCCAUUUCUCAGGGAAGUAAAGUCUAAACUAGAGACUACUCUGUCUACCCACAAGGAAAUACACUCCUGAGUAGAGGAGCUGUAGGCCGCCCGGAUCGUGCCCACCGAGUGAAGGGACUUGGUUCUUAGCUCCAGUCUAGGCUCUCAUGUCCUGAUCCUGCAGAGCCUCUUCCGGUGUACCCUAUAUCCUGCUUGUACCCUAUAUCAACUCUUGUUGCCAUAUACUUGAGCCAUAAAAGUAUCAGGGACACAUAAGGUCAAACAUGUUUGCAUCUCCUCCAAUCUAACAAUGUCUAUGAAAUCUUUUUGUUGUCUCCCCUUUUUGUUUUGCUUCUCAUUCUUUAGAACUGUUGCUUUUUUUGUAAAGAAAGAAAGGGAGGGAGGAGGGAGGAAAGGGGAGAGAGAGAGAGAGAGAGAGAGAGCAAAUAUUCUAGAGAUAGAUAUUUAAAGUUCUCUGCCAUUUCCCCUUAUAUCUGUUUUGUUGCCAUCUGUAGUCUCCAUGGCAACACUGAAGGGUGGAGCCUUUGAGCAGGUUGGGAACUGUCCCGGACACCAAUGGUUCAGUGUACAGCUGCAGACUCAGUGGGCUAUUUCUGCUUAUUUUGUAUAUUAGAUGCUUCCUUGUGCCAAUAAUAGUUUGACAGAGUCUCAAAAUUACCGGGCUUUUCCAACAAUACAUUCUUUCACAGAA